CAUUCUUAUAUUUUAUAGCAGCUAAAAACACGUUACCUAAAUGCUUUUACACCUUCCGCAUGCGCUGUGUGUCUGCUGUUUUAGCCACGAAGCUAACGAGGUUGCGUGGAAACCGCGCGUAUUCACCACGUUACAAGAAGAGUUAAUAAAAGCUGAUAAAUUCCUCACUAAUCCUGCAGCUCGCCGAUGUUUGCAGCUUCGUUUGGGGGAAUAAAAGAGCCACUGUCUUGUCUUUGUCUUUUUGUAGCACCAUGCCGAAGAGGAAAGUGACAUUUGAGGACGGGGACGGAGAGUUUGACCUGGAAGACGACCCCCCAAACAAAAAGACGUGCGAGGCUGUGAGUGGACCGGGCUCCAGGUUUAAGGGCAAACACUCCCUUGAUAGCGACGAAGAGGAUGAAGGAGAAGAGACAAGCACAAGCAAAUAUGAUAUUCUGGCCAGUGACGAUGUGGAGGGCCAGGAGGGAGCAACAAUCGACUGUGAUGAGGGAGUUCCUAUCACACCCUUCAACCUGGACGAGGAGAUGGAGGAAGGAUACUUUGACUCUGAGGGAAACUAUUUCAUCAAAAAGGAAGAACAGAUUAGAGACAACUGGCUUGACAACAUUGAUUGGGUGAGAAUAAAAGAACAACCUUUCAAGAAAAAGAAGAAAGGUCUCGGAGCCAAACGGACGCGUAGAGUUGGCGACGAGGAUGAAGCCGAGGAAGAGAAACGGAGAGAAGAGCAGCGGGCAGACCCAGAAAAUAAAGAAGAUGAUGAUGAAGAAGAGGAGGAGGCAGAGCCUGCAGAGGAUCCGCUGGCAUCCUACACACAGCACCAGCUCACAGAAGCUGUAGUCGAACUGUUGCUACCUGGGGAGACAGUUGCCGCGGGACUCCGUCGGCUAGGAGGCCUUGGAAGACGGAAGAAGGGGAAGCUGAGGGAAGAGAGCGAACCCACAGAGGAGAACAAAAGGGAUGCAGAAAAGCUCGACAGGCUUACGGCACUGGCUGACAGAUUGGUUGGGUCUGGGAUGUUUGAGAUCUAUCAGCAAACAUAUGAAAAACUGGCCUAUUUGAUGAAGAGCAUGAGCAGCAAGCGACCAGCUGUGAAACGUAGCGGUGAUGAUGAUGAUGAUGAAGAAGGCGAUGAACUUGACAUGUUUGCAGAUAAAUUUGAUGAGACACAAGGCACGUCAGGGGAUAAAGGAGAGGAAGAAGACAGAAAAGUGAGCGAUGAAGUGAUGUGGGAGUACAAAUGGGACAAUGAGGAUAACUCAGAGGUUUACGGCCCCUUCACCAGUCAGCAGAUGCAGGGUUGGGUGGAUGAAGGCUAUUUCAGCAGCGGCGUUUACUGCAGGAGGAAGGACCAGGAGGGAUCUCAGUUCUACAACUCCAAGAGACUUGACUUUGAACUCUAUACAUGAUUUUAUGUCCAGCAUCAAAUAAAUCACAGCUGUCAUGAUCACUGUCAUCUUUCACGUCUUGUCCUCCGACAUUAAAUCUUCCCAUCCGGGGCCUCGGUGUCAAAAUCAUCAUUUUAACAGGGGCUUUGUUUUCUGUACAUUGUUUUUAAAUAAAUAAUUCAUGUAUA